UCCCUCCUCUCCGCCUGGGUCCCCCUAAUUGCCGCCUUUGGUGGAGGGGCAGGAGGUGCAAGCCCGCUCGAGUCCCUCGUUCCUCUCAGAAGGCGCAGGAGGGUUGGAGAGACAGGGAGAGGGCAGAGAAGGAGGAGAGGACGACCCCCGGCUCCCCUUGUCCGCCCCGCCCCACAAGUUGGCCGGAGAAAGAGAGCGGGAGCCCCCGGCAGCAUGCCUCAGCUCAACAGCGGCGUCGGCGACGACUUGGGCGCCAACGACGAGAUGCUGGCCUUCAAGGACGAGGGCGAGCAGGAGGAGAAGAGCCAGGCCAGCGCCUUCCCCGAGGGGGGCGACCUGGCCGACCUCAAGUCCUCCCUGGUCAACGAGUCCGAGGGCGCCCCCAGCGCCAACCCCGGCGCCCCCAACGCCCCUCCGGCCGACCCGGGAGCCCCGGGCGAGGCGAUCCGGCGCUUGCAAGAUCCUCAGCGGGUCUACCCGGAGAAGCUCCCGGAUCACAUGGAAGAGGGUUUAAAACAUCAAGAUCCAGGGAUGUACAAAGGAUCGGCUUACUCUGGAUACCCUUUCGUCAUGCUGUCUGACCCUUACUUGCCAAAUGGAUCGAUGUCACCAUUGUCCAGCAAGGUGUCCGUUGGCCAGCCAUCCCAUGGCGUCCAUCCACUCACUCCACUCAUCCCGUACAGCAAUGAGCAUUUCAGCCAUGGCUCCCAUUCACCACACUUGCCAGCUGACAUCAGCCAGAAACAAGGUGUCCACCGCCCUUCUCAAACGUCAGAUAUUUCUGGUUUCUAUUCCCUCCCUGCCAGUGGGGUUGGACAGAUAACACCUUCUAUGGGAUGGCAAAGCCAGCCUGUCUGUCCUUUCCAGUCAUGUGGAUUUAGACAGCCCUAUACAUCGGCGCUCUCAGCUGGGGCUACUUUCUCUAGGAUCACACAUCCCUUGAUGCUUGGCUCUGGAAUGCACACAACAGGAAUCCCACACCCAGGCAUCACAUCUCCCUCUGGGAAACAAGAAAUGGAUCAUUAUGACCGAAGCAUGAAAUCACAACCAGAACCAAAGAGAGAGAAGGAAGCCAAGAAGCCAACAAUUAAGAAGCCAUUGAAUGCUUUUAUGUUGUAUAUGAAAGAAAUGCGGGCAAAGGUCAUUGCCGAGUGCACCUUGAAAGAAAGCGCUGCUAUCAAUCAGAUUUUAGGAAGGCGGUGGCACGCAUUGUCACGGGAGGAACAAGCCAAAUACUAUGAACUGGCCCGCAAGGAGAGGCAGCUUCACAUGCAGCUCUAUCCAGGCUGGUCUGCAAGAGAUAACUAUUCUUCUUCAGGCUCUUCAUCCCGUGAUCACACAAAGUAUAACUCAGGGCCCCUGGAAUUCAGCAGUACUUCUGGGCCGAUUUCUGCAGCAAGGGGGAAAAAGAAAAGAAGAACAAGAGAAAAGCAGCAAGACUCAAAUUCAGAUCCUGCCUCUCCUAAGAAAUGCAGAGCUCGCUUUGGCCUCAACCAACAAAUGGACUGGUGCGGCCCAUGCAGGAGGAAAAAGAAGUGCAUUCGGUACCUACAAGGAGAAGGACGCUGUGCCAGCCCAGUUUCUUCCGAUGGAAGUGCUAUAGAUUCCCCUCCUUCCCCUUCGGAUGUGCUUCAGGGCACACCUUCCUCUUUCCCUCCAGACAAGCUUGCAGCCCCUGUGGAUUUGACACCCCAAAACCAAGCUGACUCUUUCCCCGUAUCUGCGCCUAUCGAAACUGCUACAAGCACAUCAGGACGUAUUUCUAAAUGCUCAGUGGUGCCUCGUAUACCUGCCGCAUCCAGAGAAUCCUCAGGGUACAGUGUGCUAUCAAUAGGAACAUAGCGCCAGCACAGCAGCAACCAUCAGCAAGGCUCAUCCUGCACUUUGAAGAGUGGUUUUGCUGCCUAGAGAAGCUACCCAAAGCCAUCCCCAGCCUCCCAUCACACCCACCAGCUGCAAUCUCCGAGCCAGGUGAAAGCCAAGUCAAUAUUUGGACAACACUGCUGCACUGAAAGUGCUUUUCACUGAAACAAGGACGGUAGAUACCCCUCUUCACAGCGUAGGAAUGAGGACUCAAACUUGAUUCUGGUCAGUAAGCGAUUUCUGUUUCUUCUACCAAACAAGCUAAAUGCAAAACAGCACAUGCAAAUUUGUAAAUAGUAGCCUGAGAGGUGCUAUACAUGUUAGACAUUCAUUUUUGUUUCUCAGUGAUAGGUUUCAGUCACUCAGUAAAUAUAUAGGGAUGCCAGAACUGCUGAAAAAGUGAGUUCUCCCCCACCCCAAAAGCAGUAGGCAGAUGUAAAAUGUGGAUUCUAUUACUAUGCUUCACAAAUAGGAAAAACUGCUGAUUCUACGCAACUGUUUUGUUUCAUAGCUGCAAUAAGAGUUAGAUAUACCAGCAGCAUAAAAAUAGGAACUAAGUGAUAAAAGAUGUACUGCCUGCUUUAAGAUCUGGAAAGUAUCCUGUUUAUACACAAAGAUCACAGAUACUUAGAGGCAAGAGCUGUAUGCAUUCCAUUCAUUUAGGGGGGGAAAGAAAUAUUUAUGGUAACGAAAGCUGAACUAUGCCAUGUUUUAGGUGUGUGAAAGUUGCUUAUUCUGAUUCUGCUAGUCAAGGGAAGCUAACAAUUACUGAAGCCAAUCAGAGGUGGAGCAUGCCAAAGUCAAAUCACAAAUAAUCUUAGUGAUGUUUCUAAAAGGUCCCCAGGACUUAUUUGCCACACUUUCAGUCUCAUCCUCACAGGAGUAUCCUGUAUGAUGAAAUUUCUGACAAAGAAUGUGACCAAGCCUAGUCGUGUUCCAUUGUAUGGUCUCCCCCCAUGUCUUUUUAUGCAUUUAAAUGAAGUUGCCUAAGAUUUCACCCUCCAUAAUUCCUAAUCCAUUGUAAGUGCUAGGCAAAGCUUAUUGUUAUGAAGAGCUGAGAUGUUACUUACCGGGUGCAUUCAUCAGAGCUAGCAGUGUUUUCCUCAAAGGACAGCAACAAGCAGUCCCCUGAAGAGUCCAUGCAUCUUAAUAGUGUGCAUGGGAACAGGGAGCUACUAGAGAAAGAAUUGCAAAUACAAGGCAAUUGUAUUGUGUGUUGAUGGAAAUGCCACAUCCUCAAGCGGGAGCCAAGGAUCCAGUCACAGAACUCAAUGUUCAGAGCUUAUAAACACAGAUCUCAUGAUCCUAAAACAUAGAACAACUGCCUCCAAAGCACUAAAUGAAGCUGCAUACAGUGACUGGCCAGUAAUAUAAUCCUGAACCUUGACCAGCCACAUACAAAUUGGCACUAUUCAACUUCCUCUAUGUUGCAUAGAACUGACACCAAAGAACAGUAAAAAAUAUUCAUACGCUUGAAUUUCCAAACGUGAGUUUGGAUUUUUUUGGCUCUCCAUUACAGUUCUACUUCAAAUUUUUAUUUUGAAACUGGAACCAAUAGCAGACAUACAAAUGUGUGUAUUUGUACUCUGCUAUUGUCCUAUUUUGAUAAAUGAUAAUACUUUCUUAAUGCCACGCUGGUGUUAGUUAUUUUAUAUUUUAGCAGUCAUCAUUUUUUUCCUUUUAGAAAAGCAUAUUAUGUGUUGAAGGCAAAACAACAUACAGAACUAGAAACUGCUUGCAGUGUCAACAUUGCUUUCCAAUUUCCACAUUUUGAAUGCAAUACACACACUGUGCACAGUGUUGUUAUGACAUGGAAUACCAAUCUGAAAGCACCUUUUUAAAUAACCAAAUUAUUUUUGUACUUAGGACAAAAAGGCAUGGGCCUGAACUAUUUUUUUACACAUUGGAACAGGAUCUCUUUCACCUUAAGGCUUGUUUGCACUAGUGUAUCCUUCCCUCCCUUUAAAUAAGGCAGCAAUAUUUUAGAACACACUGCUAGACAAUGUAUUGCUACAUAAACACAGUAGCGCAGUCAUACAGACAUGCAGGUACAAAGUGGGAGGUUUGGAUUUAAGGCUACCAUGUACAACUGAAACACCCUAAUUGAUUUUGUUUUUAGAGACCAAUGGAACAUGCACAUUUUAAGCAUGUAUAUUUUUAGUUAAAUAUUUAUAUAACAUACAAAUCACAUAAUUUUAAUGUAAAAAUAUUUUAGGUAUUUCUGCUGCCUCUCUGGGAUGUAGCAAAUGUGUGUUUCCUUUUUGUCCUGGCAGCUCUUUCCCUUUAAUAUGCUUAUACAUUCUGUCUGUGCUGUGCUGCACAGCACAGACAAAAGGGACUGCCAAUUAACAGGUGAAAUAUAUUCCCAUUUUGACUACCAACAGGAAAACUAUGAGGCCAAUUGCAUGACAUCUAUUUUAAUACUUACUUAGGGGGAAAUCCUUGAAAUCACAAGAUAAGAAAUAAUAGGGUACAGCUAAUAAGUCUAUAGCAGUUGGGUUCCCCACUUUUCUUCACUUGAGAAACAAUUUGUAACAGAAUGUUGUGCAGCUGCCUUAAAAAUGUAAAUUUCUAUAUUAGGGCAAAGACUUCAAUACCCACUUUAGGGGAAGGUGUAUAGAAAAUUUAGCUUUGCACACAAUUUUUGAAAUAUAUGGAUAGGAAGUAUUAUGCCUAUACAAAGUAGGAAGAAAAAUACAGGGAGCAUUUGUCUCUAAAAUUUACAUUUGCGGUCAAUACAGUCCUUUUGUGAUAUAUAAAUGAAAUGGGCCAGUGUUAUUUAAACAAGUACUCUGCAGAGGUCUACAAAGUUGCUAUAUAAGAAACUUCAGGAAAGAGGUAGAGAGGAAAUAUGUAAAUGUCCACACAAUUCAACAUAACAGCAGGGAAUGGUUCAUCAUCCUAACUUAUAAGAGUUUCAAGGUCAGAGUGUAGGAAACAUCUCAUUUUUUUACCCUGUUUGAAUUUUCUAUUUGAAAUUUUGAGCUGACAUCUGGCAGUUGCAUUGGAGAACUUAGUAACAAUAUUACAGCGCCAUGGAAAUAAACUGUUAAUUCUAUAUAGACCAAUUUAACAAAAAAUGCUAAAUUCCUAUUUGGAGAUACAUUAUUUGUUGACUAAUAGGGGAAGACAUUAUGAUGAGACAUUAUGAUUCCAUUUCCUUACAUUGCUUUCAUUCAAGCAACAUGAGAACUAAAACAGUAAGCAAGAAGGUUCAGUAUUAAAUCAUUUGAUUGAAAGCAAAACUGGGCCUCAGAACUUCCAUUUUACCUGUAAAAUGAUACUGUUUUGAAACUCUUCUACAGGUGCCACUAAAUGUCUUUUGCCUUACCCGCAUCAGGGAUUAUCCUCUCCUCCCGAGCUCAAAGCUGCACAUAAAUUCUGUAAAACCUUCUCACCCCAAGCCAGCAUAAUCAUAGAUCUAAGUUUAUUAGGAAUAAAUAGCUCACUGCACAAAAUAGUGUUGGUUAGACAAGCUCUGUGUUGACGAGUGUGAAAAAAUUGCAUUUUUAUCAUUAGGAAAUCCAGUUAUUUUUACGCACACUAACUCUUACAAAUACUUCUUUAAGCAACCAAUAGACUCUCCUCCCCAAAAAAACAAAUGUCACUGAAAUGCCAAAAAGUAGUUUUUUAGUUAUGCUAUAUGAAGUUUUUUGUUUCAAUACAUUUAUCUGUCUUUUUUUUAAAAAAAUUGGAAGCUUUGCCCUUCAUGUUUUAUUCAAAUCUUUACAUUCAACUACAGUUCUUUUAACAUACUUGAUUUCCUGAAACCUGUCUGAAUGUACAAGUCAUGGAAAUACCACUUUAACGAGUCACAUAAAAUCGCUAUAUGUAUGUAGCAGGGAAAAUGUCUUUCAUUUGUUCAAGUAUCAACUGUUGUAAUUUUUUUUCCUGAGCUUUUUUUUUUUUUUUUGCUUUUAUGUUUAAAAUUCUUUAUGGCUUUAUAAAUAAAAAUAAUCUAGUCUGUCUAUUCAAAAAUUGACAACUAGAGAAUAUAAUCCUAUAAA